AUGCAACCGGCAAGGAGACCUGCUCGGUUCUCCCUUUUCACGCAGCCAUCUCCUUGUGCUUACAGCUAUAGAGUAGAGUAUAGAGACAUGAACAAGAAGGAGGUAUUCAAACUAGCGAAAGGUUUCCGGGGAAGGGCAAAGAAUUGUAUCCGGAUAGCUAGAGAAAGGGUAGAAAAGGCACUUCAGUAUUCUUAUCGAGAUCGUAGGAACAAGAAACGUGACAUGCGUUCCCUUUGGAUUGAACGCAUCAAUGCUGGCACUCGCGUCCAUGGUGUGAAUUAUGGUAACUUUAUGCAUGGACUAAUCAAAGAAAACAUCCAAAUUAAUCCUUUCCCUGGAAACCGCCCACUCUCAACCACACCAAAGAAGGAAGGCCUUGCGAUUCUAGUAUGA